AUUUUAUCCUAAUAAUUUCGAGUGGGAAAAUACCUUUAGCCGUAGCACUUGCUACGUGCUACGCGUCAGUGCCGCUACGCGAGCCCUCCACUACGGACGUCAGCGCGAUCUCGGAUCCAAACGAAUAAAAACGUAAAUUAUUUUCGAGAUUUUUGUUUCAUAAAAAAUAUUAAAUACUUUAUAAUAUAAAUAAUUUAUUCCGUGUUUCGAAGUUUUAUUACGUGAUUCAUUUUUAUUGUACUAUUAGUGACUUUAUUGAUUGGUAAUCACCAAUUUGUAAUCGGAGUUGUGGUGUUAUGUGUAAUGAAGAAUACAACGAGUCUCAAUAAGGCAGUAAGAUUGGAUCUAAUGCUAUGAGCCAAUAAAUAUGCUACAUAGAACUUCAUCUUCAAGACGACGUAGGGCGUCAAGAAGUGCCGCCACAUCGCCGCAGACAAGAUCACCAAGAAACUCAGCUCUACCCUCCAGACGUGCUUCACUAGCUACAGCAGAAACUGACGAGGAAAUGGAACCAACUCCUCAAAGAAGUCCAAGAGCUAGUCUCGCACCAGACGCAAUCAUGGACUACCACAGAAGCCCGCGUCAUUCUUUAACACCCGAAGUCAGAUCAGCGCGGAAUUCCAUAACGCCUGACACAGCAAUGCCGAUGAGAAACAGUCUCGCGCCGUCCAGAAACAAUUUAGGUGUCGAUCUUAAUUACGGUUCGAGGUUAAGUCUGAAUCCUCAAGAUUUCAACCGGAGCCCUAGAAAUAGUAUCACUCCUGACGUGUCAGCUAGAAGCCCGCGAAGAAGCUUGGUGCCUGAAGGUACAUUAUGGAACCAGCCCAGGAAUUCGCUGGUGCCCGAUGUGGGAAGAAGUCCAAGGCAUUCCGUGGCCAGCAUCCAGUUAGAUCCAGCACGCGCUCAAAAGGAUUUAGGUCCUAGUCCACGAACGAGCCCUCGUGGGAGUGUCGGUCCUGACUUAAAUUUGAAAAAAGAAGAAAUAAACAGAACUCACAGAGGAUCCUUGAUUCCGGACUCGCAGAGGAGUCCGAGAGGUAGUAUUGCUCCCUCUGAAAGAAGUGCUAGAGGUAGUCUUGUGGCAAUUGAAAAUGAAGCUGCAAGAGUUAGUCCCAGAGGUAGUCUUACAUUGACAUUUCAAGAGCCUUUGGUAUCGAAAGAAAGAAGACCCAGCGAAGACAGCCAGGCUGCAGGUAAAGGAAGAAGCGUGUCUCCGUACAGAGCGUCAUUCGGCGGACGACAGAGCGGCACUGGAGCUCUGUCAGAUACUGGGUCUCGAAGGGCAUCUAGCUCCGUCAGUCAGGUCUCAGGAGAUGAGCAACGAAGGUUAUGCGGAGAGCAGGCAAAAUACAACGAGAGAGUUGGACUGGGUCUUGGCGUGGGGCUCACGACGUAUGGAUCUGUGGCUUAUCAGCUCAAAGACGCUAACAUGGAAGCUUCUGGCACUAUGGACUUCGUCUGUCGGGCCGCUAAGAUUAUGAAUAGAACUAUUCUGAUGACAGUGUUCCUAGCUUGCUUAUCUACUUUGCCCGUCAUCAUGCUUAUCAUGGGAGUACAAUACAUCAGGGACUGCCCAGCCGAGCCUCGUAUUCCAGUGUACAUGGUCGUGGGGGGCGCUGCAGGUGGAGCGGGUAUCUGCUGGCUUCUGUGGGCUCAGCUGGCCAGCAGGAACUCCAACUCAUCGGCGAGCGUACCGGAGACUAUCCUCGCGUACACUCUCACCGUCUUCUUGAUGGGCUGGUUUGCGUGCGGAAACUACUGGACCCUGGACAUAAUGUGGCCCGACUAUUCCCCGACGCUCUUCGAACCAAACCAGUGGUGUCACAAGACCCUGUACGUGUUCGCGCUGACCCAGCUUGGUGUUGUAUGGGGCGUGUUGGCUUUUAUAGUCCUCUUACUUCUGGCUUUAGUCAUCUGCCAGGUAUUCGGCUGCGGCUGGCUGGGCCCGCCUCGCUACAAGUAGCAACGGCGCAGCGUUGUGCUGGAGUUAUGGCACAGAAACAUUAACAACACCAUGGAUGUAGCGGGCGCGCUGCUUCCCUUCACCCAAGUCGUCAGGCCUGAACUCACCAUCCACGUUCAGGAAGUCCUGACCCAGGCCGAAAGGGACGACCCAUCGAAGUGCAAGAACCCUAUACCAGAAAUCAAUGAACCAAAAAACGGUGACGAUGUGAGUUCUAGUAAUUUAGGCGAAACUCCUAGGUGUGUUAGUAAUGUUAAUGGUAGUUCUAGAAGUAUUGGAAGAGAGAAUAAUGCUAAAGUGUCUGGCGGUAAAAGUGCUAAUCAUAAAGUGAGGAGUGAAAUAUCUCAUGGAGCAAAGUAUGGGAGCAGUCAGAACCAAGCCUGAUGGUUGUUUGUCGUGCUACCACCGCACAGCAAGAAACACGUACAUUUCGAAGCCAACGAUAAAGUAUACUACUUCUAAAAGUCUACUAAGCUUAGAAGGAAAAAAAAGUAAUCGUUCUAAAGAAGAUUUUCUGAAAAAUUAUGUUGUGAAUUAAUUUUUGUUGAGUGUUUGUAAAACUAACCGAGAAGAAACGUUUUGAAAGCUUUUAAUUAGGAAGUUGAAUCUACAAGCUCUUUAAGUUAUUAAAAGCUUCAAAUAUUGUUUUAUCUAAUAACGCGAAGUGUUCGGAAAAUGUUUGAAUUGGAUCUGAAAGUUCCUUUUAAUGAUUUAUUUCUUAAUAAUAAAGUAGACGUUGUAGAAGCGUUAGCGAAACAAGAUGAACUUUAAAGGCGAAGGGUGGUUUAAGUUAAAUUUUGUUGACUCUAUGAGAGAGCCAUUUUGAAGUUGCGAAAAAAAUUUAAGGUUUUGCUGCUUACUUCCAGUAACGUAUGAAUGAUCAAACAGGUUCGAGGCCCAUCUCAUGAUGAGUAAUUCCAGGAAUUUCUUAUCGAAUAUCUUAUCAUUUCAAAACAUUAAUGUAUUAACCUAACCUUUGACGUAACACACAUAGUGACGUUUUUAAAAAUAAACACCUAACGUAUUUAAUGGCGACACUCUAUAUUAAUUAACUCAACCUUACAAGCCUUGGUAUUGUAUUGGUAUCAACAAGGACCUAAAUGGGACUGUUGCAAUGGAGAUAUUCAAAAAGCACCCUUCGUCCGCACGUUACUUAGAUAUACAUAAUCUAUUUAUCAACAAUAUUAUAUUAUCAAUUUUGUAAUGGUAGUACGUUUUUCGAAUAAAUGAAAAUAUUGUGAUUAAAAUUUCCUUGAAACAACGAAAAAUUAGAAUUUAUUGAGCACAUUAAAUGUAGCGCGUGUAAUAUAUAAUAAUAUAUAGUAUGUCGUAUUUAUUAUUGUCUUAAUACUAUGAAAACGGUUACCCUAACAUAAUAUAAAUUGCAAUCAUUGUAUUAUAGUGUCCUACUAAUUUAACUAGUGAAUUAAUAAAGUCUCUAACAAUUAGUGAAAUAUUGUAGAGCUCUAAAAUAACAUUAAAAUUUAAUUUGAUUGAAUAAUUCCCAAGAUAAAAUCGUUAGCAUAGAAAAGGCAAUGGACAUAAAGACACUAGCGCAAUUUGGAUUUUAUAGUACAUUUAUAGUAUCGUAAGCUACCGCUUUUCUGCUUGUUGAAGUCCGAAUAGCUUUAAAGCUUUUGGAA